CGGUGCUCCGCUGGCGCCUCGUUCGCAGUGCUGGCAACUUCUUCGCUGGGCCGGUGAAGAAAAGUACGAGCUGUUGUUAGAAGUAGAAAACAGCCCAUUAUUUCAGCAUUGCCAGACUGAGUAUUCAAGAACGCCAGCUUGCCUAAAGAACAGUUCUCUCUUGCUACUAGCAACAUUGGUGUUAUACCAUUUUCUGCGCAGCUAACAUAUUCUUUGGCUCUCCCAGAUGCAAAGAUGCUCACUCAGGUGCACAGAUAUACAGCCAGUUCAGACCUCCUUCAGAGACCCUAUCAUGGUGGUUCUAAGCAGAAGCUGAUUGUGUCUGUACGGAAGUCUUUAGAUUCCACGGUGAGGAAAACCAAGGAGAAGAAUAUUUUCUGGGGUAUUGAAGUAGCUGAGACUCUCAACUGGCAUAGAUGGUCUCUGGGAAGAGAAUUUACUAAACACCUAACUUUGAGAAAUGUUUGCUUGAAAACCCAGAAGCUGAAGUUCAGACCGCCUACUACACGUUUCUUCAUCACUGUUUUCCCACAGCCAAUUAUUCUGAGCCCUGGAAUGUCUUUAACACUGCCCAUCAUCUUUCGCCCACUGGAAAAGAAGGAGUAUGAAGACAGGAUCUUCUUUGAAAAACGGGAGGGAGAGUUCUCUGUUGCUCUGCGUGCUAGGCUGCCCCGUCUGGACCUGCUCUUCCCAGAGAGCAUCCAGCUUCCUUCAUGUGCUGUGUAUGACUGUACAGAGGCCUCAUUUAUCCUGUACAAUGAUGGGGAUCUACUGACAUCCUAUAGUUGGGAAGUACCAACUCCUUUUACCUUUGUUCCUUCCCGUGGCAUGCUGGAUCCAGGUGAAGAGUGCACAGUGAAGGUGAUAUUUCAGCCUCAGGUGGCUCUGGUGCAUGAUGUAUCAGCAAUAUGCAGUUUUGGAGAUAUCCAGGAGCACAAGAAAGCCAUUAAAUUGAAUGCUAUUGCCAAAUAUCCCCACCUGCUGGUGUAUGUGCCAGGAGAUCCAUGUGAAGAUGUCAAGUUUAAAAAUUUCCGGGAUGUGCUUUGCUUUGGCUCUGUUGGUGUUGGCAGCACUGUGGAAAGAUAUGUGGAGAUCUACAAUGCAUCUGUGGUCAGUGCCCCAUUCAGGAUUGAAAGAACAAAGGAGCCAGUGCUUCGUGAUCUCGUCUUCUCUUGUGAUGUUACCCAGGCUGUUGUGCCAGCUGGUGGGAAGUCUAUUAUCCCUUUGCAAUUUAGCCCAAGGACUGUGGGUGCGAAGAGUGUUGACUACUUCACUAUUAUGCCUGCUGGGAACAUCACACAUUCUGUGCUAAAGGUGACAGGAUCAUGCAAAGGUCCUGAGGUUUCUUUUCAGCAUCCCUUUGUCUACUUCAACUGUGCUAACCUUGGGGAGUGUCUAGUUCAGCGCCUAGACAUCACCAAUAACUCCAGAGUCCCAGCCUACUAUCAGUUUGACAUGGACAGCAAACAGAGUGUCUUUUCCUUUGACCACCCUUGCGGGCUCUUGGCUGGAAUGUCCACUACCACACUGAAUGUGACCUUUCAGCCCACCCACCCCAUAAUUUUCCAUCGGCGAGUGGUUUGCCUUGUUCAUCAUCAGGAGCCACUGUUCCUAGAUUUGCUUGGGACCUGCCACUCAAAGACAUUGAACCCAAGGAUUCUGAAAGUGAAGGAUCUUACCAGGUACAGGACACACAUGGCCAGAGGACUGACCUUUUACCCACCGGACAUCCUGGGCACCAUGCUGCAGGAGGGCAAACUGUUGGUGGAUGAAAAUGGAGCUCUCACACUUCCACCAGAGAUGCUGGAGGACAAGUCUCCUGAAGAGUAUCCUUUCAUUGAGCCCAUGGUUGAAUAUUUCCAUGAUGGUGAAAGCAGCAACUUUACUGUGUUUCCUCCACAUGUCAGCCUUAGCAUUAAAGAGUUUGAUUUUGGCUGCUGUGCAAAACUUCAAGAGGUAGAACCACUUCCUCUCUGCCUGACCAAUCACACAAAGGGAAAGAUCACUGUAAUAUGGACAAGCAAAUCUGAGAGUCCCUUCCAGGUAAACCCUGAGAGCUGUGACAUUCCACCUCUGAAGUCUAUGGCUUUUCGCAUCACCUUCCAGCCGCCUCAGCUCAAUUCCUUAUACGCAGCAGAAUUGGAGGGCUUUGCCUUUUACAAGGUGCUGCGACACUUCAGCAACAUUGAGGAGUACGUCACCAUGUGCCCACCAUGGAGCUUGACCAUCCGCCUGCGUGGACAUACUUUUGAACCUGGGCGGCAGCACUUCAUCCCAAAGUACAUUUUGGACUGUGAUAAGGUCUUCCCUCCAGUAUGCCGGAACACCACCACGCACCGCAGCAUGCUGCUCUGCAAUGUGGGAACCACUGCCAUCAACUUCAACAUGAGCCUGGAGAAGUGUCCUUCUGUCUUGGUCAAGCCCCGCUGUGGGUUUAUUGCACCUGGGACUCACCAGAUAUUCCUCCUUUCAACUUGCCCAGAGGAAACGUCUGUACAUCAGCACACCUUGUCCUUGCACCUCAACUACUGUCCCUCAUACACCCAGGAGAUGACCCUUCAGAGCAGUGCUGAGCCCCUGGCCCUACUCCUAGAAGGUGAUGGCAGCUUGUACUUCAAACCCACAUGUGUGGGUACCUCCUCCUCACGCACCUUCACUAUCAAGAAUUGUACCCGGCUAUCCAUGCUUUUCAGAUGGAAGAUCCAGCAGUCAGACAAAAAGCUCCUGUCUGUCCAGCCUGAUCAAGGGACUGUUUUGCCCAAUGAAGCUUUGGCUCAGACAUGGACCUUUACUCCAGGUGAGCAGACUAAGUAUCUUCUGCGGAGCUGGAUAACAGUGUGGAGGGACCAAGAGACCCUGGAUAACAAGGCCCCAGAGAGCAUCCGCUACAUCCUCCGCAUUAUCGGGGAGGGAGCCCUGGGCACCAUAACAGCUCAAGAGGAACAGGUGGACGUUGGCAGUAUCUUGGUUGGCAGCACGCAGUCAUGUGAACUUGUGUUAAUUAACGAUGGGGUCUGCUCAUUAAAAUACAUCCUCAGUGUGGAGCAAAUGAUCACUGGACCAUGUGACCCUGAGGAAGUUGCCAAUGACCCACUAGCAAUAGAACUUGACCACUCCCAAGGGACAAUUUCUGCUCGAGGAAAGGUCUUUUUGCAUGCAACUCUUAGUCCAACUCGCCAGUUGCAUUACACCUGGACAGUCAGUUAUGCCAUUUCUACUCCCAAAGCCACAGAGCCACUUGGGGAAAAGCAGUCAAUCUGCUGUGUGAUGGCAACAGGCAUUUAUCCAUCCAUCUGCAUCACUGAUGCCUGCGGGACAGGCAGUGCCUGUGGCAUCAGCAAACUGCACCUUUGGCGGCUUUUUUCUCUGGAGGCUCUGAACCAGUAUUUGGAGCGAGAUCCAACUCCACAGGAGCUCACCUUCAGAGUACCUACCAGGCACAGCACAAAACGAACCCCUCGGGCUUACGCCCCUGUAAUGCUGGAUUUCAACUUCGGAGCUGCUCCGGUCAGAAGUGAACCCUCUGCAGUGGUGCUGAUGCUGCAAAACAAUGGAGCAAUACCUGUAAACUGGGCCUUUUUGUUUCCUUCUGACCAGAAGAUUGACAUGGAAUACUGGGCUGAAAGCACUGAAUUUGACCCCAGUGAGCUGCACCAGAUGCGGAUCCAAGAUAACCAACUUUUUAGCAUCUCUCCCAAGUCAGGAAAGCUUCUUCCAGGACAAGAGCAAACAAUACAUCUGUCCCACAGACAUGAUUUCAUUGGCACUGACCGGCUCCCAGUCCUGCUGAAAGUCUCCCAUGGUCGAGAAAUUCUGCUGAAUUUUAUUGGCGUGACACUGGAACUGGAAUGCCACUACAUUCACUUCACCUCAACCAAGCAUGUGUUCACACCCAUUGCUAUUGGCACCUAUGACCCUCCCAAACAGAUCUAUGAACUGUACAAUGGAGGUUCCACAAGCGUAGUAUAUGAAAUCCAGCUGGAUACUCUGAUGAAGGUUCAGCAAGAGAAUUACCAUCAUUUAGUGUUUAACUGCCUGAACCCAAAAGGAGAGAUUGCUCCAGGCUUGACAGCCCAGACUGAGUGGAUAUUUUCCCCACUGGAAGCCAAAAUGUACUCGGUGGAUGUGCCCAUCCACAUCCUUAAGGGGGACUCUGCUUUGAUCACUUUCCAAGGAAUUGGCUAUGAUCCGUUUGUUAUGGGAGAGUCAGCAAGGUUUGACAAAAUAGUGUCUCCUGCCACAACACCAGGAUCUGCCAGACUAUCAGUACCUGGUCUGACAGUGUAUUUAUCUCAACCCCGGAUUUGUUUUGGCAACAUCCCAGUCUACAGCAAAUGCAGCCGUGUCUUUUUUCUCAACAAUGCCUCUGAGGAUGAAUCCAUCGUCUUUGCUUGGCACAUUGGGACUGCACAUUCUGUGGUGACAUUAAGCAUCCUUCCAGAGACUGGAGUCGUGCAGGCUGGGGACAGUAUCCAAUGUGUUCUUACACUGUAUGCCUCUGAAAGCCCAUGUUUCUACAACAUUGAUCUAGUCUGUGAGAUUUUUACACAGCAGCCACUAGAUAAAUACUAUAAAGAGUUGCAGGAAUGGGAAACCGAGAAGGCACGACAGGCUGUGGAGUUCACCAUCACAGAGAAGGAUCUGAUCACAGAAAAGAAGAGAACCCCAAAUGAAUCUUCAGAUGAAUCUUCAAAGUUGGCUUCAGAUACCUUGAAGUCACCAAAAGUAUUUGCAGAGAUCCGGAAAUAUAAGACUCUUCCCCCCAUUAAGAACUUCCAUGGGCCCAAUCUCCCUGCCAGUCGCAGCCAGAGAAGGCAAAGAAGGUCCAAAGACACCAGUCGGUUGUGGGCCCAGCCAGAGCCCCCAAAGCCCUACUUCAUGCACCUGGGGGUUACAGCCAGGUCCCACACAAUUGAUGAUUUUCUGAGCGUCUUCUCCGAUGACCUACCCCAGCACUUCCUUUACCGACAACUUAAGAAGAAGGCAGCAAGAAAGAAGGUUGCAGAUAAAGCAUCUCUGAGCAGAUACAGGAGCAGAAGCAAGAGAGGAUCCUCAAUUGUUCCAAACUGGCAAGCGCUAGAAAGUUGUUCAGAACAGGAGGCACAGCUAGUGACUGAUAUGCUGUCUACAGUGAUCAAGGGCUUACUAGUGGAGACCCAGUUCCAAGAGGCAGUGAUCAGAAGCCUUGAAGAACCCAUACCCUAUUUCUGCCAGUUUUGGAGUAAAGAGUCUGCCAAACUGCACGGCAAGAAGCAAAGCCCUGGUGGCAUCUCCCCCACAAGCUGUUCCCCAGAGUUCAGCCCUAAGGAAAAGAUAGACGAGGAAAACACUGGAGAGAAAGAAGCAUCUUCUGCAAGAACUUCAAAUCCUGGAGAGAGCCUAAGUUUCAUUAUUCGCAAAGAACAGUCCCGAGAGCAGAAAGAAGCCAUUAUAAGGAUGCCUGCAUUUGCAAAUCUGGCUGAGAUGGUGAUGGACAACACUAUCCAAAAUAUUCUGGCAGAAGCCAGUCGUGGGGAGGUGGUGUUGACAGCACGACCCAGAAUUAUUGCAUUCCCUUCUUCUUUUGCCCAAAAAGGUACCAGUCCUGCCAUGUCGAUGCAGAGACCACCUCGGUCUCAGCCUCAUGUAUCACCAUUGAUCAGUGUCUCCAGCUGUGUCAAGAACUCUGAUGGGCAACGGCAUGUUGUCUUGCCCCACUAGGAGCUUGCAGAGUUGUGGUCCCAGCCAGGCCCAGUGUUUGUAGCCGCCACCAGAACCGCUGCUGGAAUGCUGCCUCCUUGGACUUGCAGCAGAACCGUAUGUGGAUCCUGCCCAGUGUAAUAAUAGCAGAAGUACAGAGUCUUAUUCUAAGGCCUCCAGAAUCUAGUUCUGUUGUGUAUCUGUGGUUGCAGUUGUGCCAUGUGAGACUGAGACUUUUCACAUUAAGAUGACUCAACUUUCAUCUCUGCAAGCCUUCCGUGUUGUCAGUGUUUGGGUUUCUGUCCAGCAGGGGUCAGCACAAGCCUUUUCCUAGUCUGGUCUGUCAGUGCUCCAGCUUCAAAAAGGCAGUGUGGAGUAUGGGCUCCCUCCCUUUUGUGCUAUAAUUCCUGGGUGGUGAUAAAAUCUGGCAACAAAACAUGCAAGCCACAAAGCUAGAUUAAACACUAGGAACUAAGAUCCAAAUAAUACAGGCUUGGAGGUAAGCCAGCUGGAGUGGCUACCACGUGCUCAGAAUACAGUGAAUCCUUGCCUCACUUUUAAAAAAGGAGCUUACCUUGAUUAAAACCAUCCCUUUUAUACAGCCCAUCACCUCACGUCUGUCAUGCAUUCCUUUCACUUCUUUCAAGGGCUCUCAUCUUUUUAAUAUAUCCCUAAAGAGCAGUUAUCCCCAGCUCUUGUCAUUUGUUGCUAUUUCUGCAAUCACCUCCCCCACCCCAGUUCUGAAUGAUCCUUUGAGAAGGAACAAGCAGAAGUUGAUUAUUAUUAUUUAUUAUUUUUUGCAUUUAUAUCCCGCUCUUCCUCCAAGGAGCCCAGAGCGGUGUACUACAUACUUGAGUUUCUCUUUCACAACAACCCUGUGGAGUAGGUUAGGCUGAGAGAGAAGUGACUGGCCCAGAGUCACCCAGCUAGUUUCAUGGCUGAAUGGAGAUUUGAACUCGGGUGUCCCCAGUCCUAGUCCAGCACUCUAACCACUAUACCACGCUGGCUCACAUAAAUGAUUAUGUUUACCCUCACAACAACCCUGUGAGGUAGGUUAAGCUGAGAGAUAAGUGACUGACUCAGAGCCAUCCAAUGCGAUGUUCAUGACUAAAUGGGGAUUUGAACUCUGGUCUCCUUGGUCUUAGUCCAAUACUCUAACCACUAUACCAGUCACCUCACUGGUGACUUCUUCAUAUAGUGAAUACAUGACAACUUCAUAUAGUUAAGUUGAUACUUCACUAUAUCAUAUUGUGUACUAACAGUUUCUGUUUAAGUGUUCAUAAAAUUUGCCUUGCUUUUUGGGGCACUUUACUUCUGCUGCUGCUACCUCUAGUUCACAGAAUAGACCAUCUACACAUAUAUUAUCAUCUCUGAAAGCUGGAACAGAAUUGGAAGUGUAUGGAGUAGCAUGAUCCUGUUCUCUUUGUUAAGCAGCAUCCAGACUCAGCAAACAAGCAGAAGGCUUAGGCCUGACCACAUAUCAUGCCCACAUCCAGCACUUCAUUUCUAAAGGGUAGGUUGUGCAAAAGCUUGUAGCUCAUUGCAGUUUUAUCAGCCUUCCUGUGAUUGAUCUGGACACUGUCCUUGUUCCAAGCCAUAGUCCCACCUCUCCUCCUUGAUUAACAGAUCCCUUGUCUUUAAUAUGAAGCAUUUGCCACUGCUGCUGUGCAUCUAUUUGCCACAGCCACCUUGCUGAUUUCUUUUAGCAGAUCUUUAACCCGGCUACGUCAAGUUUCCAUUUCAAAGUUCCUUCCCUUGAGCAGAAUCAGAUUUAUUGUGCUACUGUGUAAAUUCAGCAUUUGUUAAGCAAACCCUGAAUUUCUGUAGACUCACUGUCUCAGGAGCAGGAAGUGUGUAUGGAUAGGGGAAAUCCAAUAAUUUGUACUGGGCUUGAUGAAAUGGGACUGGUUGAUGAAAUGGGACUGGGGAUGGUCUGGACACACUUUUAGAGCACAAGGUAGAUGACCAUGGGCCCUGAAACCACAGACUGGCCUUGUAUUCUGGGGUGAAUGGGACUUCAUGAGCAGUUGUCGCAACAGGUGUGUCAGCACACUCUGUAGUUUACUUCAGCAGUAGCCCUCCUGUACUCCCUGCACUGCCAACACUCUUUCAAGUACUUUAUUCUAACACUAACUUCAACAGUUACAGUAUGUUUCACUAUUACAGACUCCAUUGUCUUGGAAGGAUGGCUUUGGUUAAAUUGGUUUUAAACUAAGUACUUUACUUUUGAAGAGAUGGGUACCUGCUCCUUAUCCUCUUGAACAUCAGGGCCAGUAGCUCAACUUACAUGGGUGCUUUUUGGUGGUGAUGAAUGUAGAAAAUGUACGAAAAUUGCUCUAGAGAUGGAACUCCUGUGCAUUUCCCUUCUAUUCAUAGGGAGAGGAGACAGGACUAGCUUUAAAUGUUGGGAAAUGUGAUAUCAAAGCAUGCUUACUCCAAAAUCAAUCCCACUUAGCAGGAUUUAUUCCUUUGAAAUUAUUCAGCGGGACUGAAUUUAAUCAUUCAGCAGGACUUACUCCUUUGUAAGGUUGCUUAGGAUUGCAGCCUUCAACAGUGAUGAGAAAAAUAGCAACUGGAGAUGGGAAAAUAUGUUGAAUAUGGCCAGAUGUAAGCAAAUCCUUGAAAAGGCCUCACUCCAAGCAUUCCUAUCCUAUUCCUCACUUGUGGCUUUCCCAGUGCUUCACUUUUCAAACACUGGUGCCAAUGAUGUUACGCAAGAGUGAGCCCAUUAUUUCAAAUAUAUUGUGUAUUUGUGCAAUUUGCACAACUUGCAUGCAUGCAACAUUACUAAGAUGACAUACUUUUAUUUAUACAGUAUGCCAGCCACUGUUAGUUGGUUUAACCUGCUGCAUUGGAGGGAGGAAAAUCCACACCCAGAAAGAGCCCCAGGAGCUAGCCAUUCCACAAAGAUUUUUGUGCCUUUAAUAGAAGCUUGAUCAGGUGAUACAUGCUACUCUCUAAAGUUCUACCAAUUUCUACAGCAAGCUACUGUUAGAGGCAUAAGAGCAGGCCUGGAAAGUAAAAAUUGUGGGUUGCUUGGUGCAUUUAUCUAGUGAAUAAUUUUUCUCUCAAGUUAAGUAAUUGCAUACAGGAGCAGCCUCGCUCAUCCUUUAUUCUGUUGUUCAAAGAAUAUUACAUUGUGUGUUGGUGAUUCUGAAAGCAUAAAAACAUGUGAUUGUGAAAACACUUCUGAUCACAUGGACUUGAAGAGGAAACAGCCCACUCAUUUGUAUGGCUGGUUAAAAUGUUUUAAAGGUAAGCUAUACACAUUAAAAUAUCAUCAGAUAAAUGUCUUGAUUCUAAAUACUUGGUUAAGUAAUCCAGAAUAGAAAGGUGAGAUUUUAUGAUAGUUAAUUAAUGGCUUUUCUUCUUUCCAAUAUUCUGUAGAGGAGAAAAGGCACCAUGACUGAAGCAGAGGUUUAGGAAUUGGGAAAUGGAAUCCUUAGUUCUAAUCUGCUUUGUCUAGAACCCAGUGGCUUACAUACCAUGCAGCUCCCUGCCUGUCCAAUUCUAAGUGUCCACACUGUUACCAAACUUGCAUAGCCUCCAUGGCAACUAGAAAUUGCGCUAGCACUGAAGGGACACCUCUGCAAUGAUUUCUAACUAAUGGCAGAGGUGUCACUUCAGCACUGAUGUAAUUCUUUGUCACCAUGGAGCCUCUGUGAGGUAAGUAAUAGUGUGAACACCACUUAGAAUCUGAUGGAACCAACGCAGACAUCCCUAUCUUGGAUCGGCAGGGCACUGCGCAUAUGUAAGCUGGUUUAUUUACUGGGGAACGUGGCAGGAGCACUGCACUAAUAAAGAGAUAAAUUCAUGUUUAGGGUAUUGCUCUCUCAUAACCUUAAAUACAAAGCCCAACAGAUAAUGUUAAAGUUCUGGAACAGUUAUAGCCAAACACCCUAAGAAUUACUCUGUUGCAGACCAUGAGAUUCUGGAUCUCUAGAUUAGAAAGUGAGAAAGGUAUAAAAUAAAAAUGCUUCAUAACUCCCCAAAGAAGCCAUCUUUUGCACCUAUCAUGGAUGCUGUCUAAAUAUUGAAGUGCUACAACAUAACCAGUGAUAAUGUGUAAUUUGGGUUUUUUUUCUUUCAAAACUAUCUUGCAAUAAAAUGCUGCAGCCUUCUAAGGAUCAGAACAUUUGGAAGUGUGUAAUGAAAGAAAAGGAUUACCACACAUGUACUGUGUUGCAAAACAGCACAAUGUUUGGAAGCAUCUCAAGAGUCCAUCUAACAUGUGUGUGUGGGGGGGGGGAUAUUAUUUUAAACAAACAAGAUGGCUGGUCAGUAUGCUCUGCUAAGUACUUGGCUUACUUUUCCUAAUAUUUUAGGAAAGAUUUAAUCAAUUUAAAUUUAAUUUAACUCUCCCUUGCACAUCUUGCACAUUGCCUCUUGGUGUCUUAUCAGAGGCUGUGAUGACCAGGUGCCUGCCCCUUCCUCUGUGUAACCACUGACAGAAUUGAAAAUCCUUUUCUCACAUAUACUUCUUGUCAAAGAGUAACCCUUUUCAUGCAUUGUUCCAAGAAUGUGUACAGACAUCCAGGAUUUUUGGCAAAUCACCAGACCCAUAGAGCCUUUUGAUUGUAGGACACAGUUGUCCUCCCUUCAAGUUGAUUCUUCAUGGCUGGGGAAACUGGUUUUACCAGUACAUGAGCUGCAAGUUGUUGCUGACCAAACUCAGUUCACUUCCUUUCUUGCUCUAUGAGCAAUAUUGUUAAUCAGAAUGUGUUGUCGCGGGAUUCUCAUGAGCACAUGUUGGACAUCUAUGAUAUCAGUUAUGACAGGAGAGCAGCUUCACCACUCUCCCUCCAAUUUAGUUCAUGUUGAAAGGUUUCUUCCCCACCCCCCACCCCCGUUAAAUAGUUUCCUGCUCUUUGACAUAAGCACUCAAUGAGCCCUUUAAAAAGCAAAACUCUCAAACAGAAUGUUUCCUCCUUCCUGCAAAGCUACUAUAAAAUAAUGUGGCCACCAAGAUUUUUCUAGCACCGGGAUGAUUCCCGCUCCCUUUUUUAAAGGUGCAAAUAAGUUUCCCCUAAGCAGGGCUUUAUGUUUGCUACAAAGGCUCAUCUGAGCAUUUGCACAACUGGUAAUCUACUGCUGCAGAGUUCCAUUUAACAGGCAGGUAACACUGUGAUGGAUGUUUUUCCUUUUAAAAUAUGGUUUGUACAUAACCAACACUGAUCAGGAAUGAACCUCAGAUCUUUCUUGGCUGAUUUGUUGUCAAGGCUCCUUCAUUUUGUAAAGUCUGUCUGUAUUAUUUGGUCAAUCAAGAACACUGAAGACUGUCCUAUUACAUUAAUUAUAGAUUAAAUAUGUGAGUGUUUGAUCUCAAUUGUAAUUGGAGCUUUCUCUGUUACUCUGGAUUCCUACACCAUGUUUAAAAUUUCCACAACAAUAAACGAUAUGUCUGUGUUAUUUAAUCAAAAGUACUAUCUUCAUUAAGUAGU